CGCCGAGAGUUGUUGCUGGCAGCUGCUGUUGGUACAGUGAACUACCGAUGGUGAUGUGGAUGAAAUAACGGUGUCCGGUUCAUCAGCUUUCGUUGGGAAAUGGCAAGAAAAUACUAGUUGUUUUUCAUAGACGUUAUAUUGUAAGUGAGUGUGUCGCUUUAUAGAAGCGUGUUAUAUCUCUCUUUACAUUGUUUAGACUUUAGCAACAGCAAGCUAGCGCCAGGCUAGGAAGGCUGGCUAACGUUAGCUAGCAACGGCGCACGGCGUAAACGCUCAGCUGGCGACACUUGCCUUUCCUUAAAAAAAGGGAAAAGGGCAGGAUUCCGGGGUUCAAACAGUGCUGCAGUGAUUAGAUAACCUGGCUGACUGUCGUCUGAAUGUUAGCACCGGGCCAGUUAACUUUGUAUACUCCAAAAAGGUUUGCAAUCGACUUGAGAUGAUGAGCUAAAUUGAUGCUUUGAUUGAAACCAGCGCCGAUCACACAACUGCAGAGGAGAUGAGUCAGCUUUGGCAGCGAGACAUAACCCUGUCAGAGAGGUUGGGUAAUGACUCUCCUGUCGGCAUUGCCCCUGGGCCGCCAGCCACUGUGGCCCCACAAGGAUCCAACUCCUCCUGGAUGCCAGAAGCACCAGUGGUCACACCAGAAGAGCCCUUUUUCCUCAUGACCUCGACUGCCCAAACUAUAUCGGGGUUUUUUGUUUGGACAGCUCUUCUGAUCACGUGUCACCAGAUAUACAUGCACCUACGUUACUACAGCUCUCCCAACGAGCAGAGGCACAUAGUAAGGAUCCUCUUCAUAGUCCCCAUCUAUGCCUUUGACUCCUGGCUGAGCCUUCUUUUCUUCACCAAUGAAGAGUACUAUGUGUACUUCGACACGGUCCGAGACUGCUACGAAGCCUUCGUCAUCUACAACUUCCUGAGUCUGUGUUAUGAAUAUCUGGGAGGAGAGAGCGCCAUCAUGGCUGAGAUCAGAGGGAAACCCAUUGAGUCAAGCUGUAUGUAUGGGACCUGCUGUCUGUGGGGCAAGACGUACUCCAUUGGUUUCCUCAGGUUUUGCAAACAGGCAACUCUCCAGUUCUGUGUGGUGAAACCCCUGAUGGCAGUGAUCACUGUCCUUCUUCAGGCCUUUGGGAAAUACAAAGAUGGAGACUUUAAUGUGGCUAGUGGUUACCUGUACGUGACCAUUAUCUACAACAUCUCAGUCAGUCUGUCGCUCUACGCCCUCUUCCUCUUCUACUUUGCCACGCGUGAACUGCUUGUCCCGUACAACCCCGUGCUCAAGUUCUUCAUGGUCAAGUCAGUCAUCUUUCUCUCCUUCUGGCAAGGGAUGCUGCUGGCCAUUCUGGAGAAGUGCGGAGCCAUCCCUCAGAUCAGCUCGGCUGACUUCUCUGUGGGCGAGGGAACGGUUGCCGCUGGUUACCAAAACUUCAUCAUCUGCAUUGAGAUGUUCUUUGCUGCUGUUGCUUUGCGCCAUGCCUUUACUUACAAGGUCUAUAUGGAUAAGAGACUGGACUCAUAUGGCUCAUUUCCUAUCUAUGGACAGUACGGUCGCUGUGCCCCAAUGAAGAGCAUCUCCAGCAGCCUCAAGGAGACCAUGAACCCAGGGGACAUGGUCCAGGACGCCAUCCAUAACUUCUCCCCAGCUUAUCAGCAGUACACCCAGCAGUCCACGCUUGAGAGAGGUGGGGGGCCACCCCUCUCACGCAGCCACAGUAACCUCAGCACCCGUGGGGACAAUGAAAAGACCCUGCUGCUCAGCUCCGACGACGAGUUCUGAGACUCAAACGCUCACUCAGAGGCUCACUUUACUCUUGUAGCCCAUAUUGAUUUUUUUUUUAUCAGCUAUCUUAGAUCAGAUCUUCUGUUGCUACCUUAACAUGGAAGAUCAGAUUCUGUUUUCUUUCCUUCUUUUUUUUCCCCACAUUUAGACAGUGAAAAGAUAGGAUUCAUGUCAGACAUACAAAACUUUGGUUAACAGACUGUCGGAAGGGCUUGAGUGUAUUAUAAGGAAGAAGAGGAGGAGUAAUGGUACCGUAGGAGAAGAGGGAGCACGAAGAGGGUAGAGAAGUUGUCACAAAUAUAGUUGGGGAGAGGAGAAAUUUAGAUUUUUAGGUUUAUUUAGUUGUCAUUUGUGUUGAUGUAAUAGAGGCCAUUACUGACAGAAAUACCAUAUCUACAUCCAUCUAAUAUGGAUUGGUUCAGACACCUGUGCCUGCAUAUAGCGUCCUUAUGCUGCACCACAGCGAAAACGAUGACAGAUAGCAGGUCUGUGCUAGAGCAAGUAAGUGCCAUCUUCAUCUGAAACACAUGGCCUCCUUCAUCUUUUCGUUUUUUUGUACAGAUUCUCGAUCCACACUCCCCCUCACCCCUCUGCCAACUCUGCCUCGUACCGAAACAUUGCCAAAUAGAGGGAGCAGUACCCUGUGCUCCAGCUAAUGAGACACUGUCUCAAGACGUAGAAAUGAUUUAUAGUCAAACUAAACUAAGGAGCCUUCGAAUUCCAGGGCUUUAAUAUAUAAGAAUUGAAUCACAAAUAUUUUUUUUUAUUUGAAUCUUGUAUGACCUUGAAGGUGUAACUCAUUUAAAGACUAGUUUGUUGGAAAUGUAUCAUUCCAGAAAUGUUGAAUAAUAUCCUGAAUAUUCUGUGUUGUUUGCAUUUUGUUGUGGGUUCAUAUGAACAAGUGACUCAAAAGAUUAAUUGUACAACUCCAGCUGUUGGCCUGACUUGGGCUCCUCGCACAGCGUUGUUGUUUGUGGAGCACAGAGGGAACAGCUGCAGGAGAGAUUUCAGUGUGGGGCAGAGAGACCGACGGAAGGACAACACCCACACAGAUUACAGAUUACUGAAGAAGCAACACUUCCCUGCAGUGCCGGCCCAGCUGUGAUGUGCUAUGGAUUGUAAUCCCAUAAUUAAGGGCAUUACAUGUAGCACAGAUCAGGCCUGCCUCUGCUGGUAUCGUUUAUAAUGGCCUCACUGCUAUAGUAGUAGUGAGAGUGAGGACAUUGAUCAUUACAGACAGAUAAAGCCAUGCAAAGAUCGAUCAGUGCAAACAAGGCUUUUAAUCCAACUGGACUCACAUCCAGAAAAUAAAUAUAUGGGCAUUAAAAGUUGCAAGAGGAUAGAAUAUUCAGGUACUGUUAGAAAAUAUACAUGUAGUUAUGAUUAAUACAUGUACGGGGGCACACUAUGCUAGAAGACAGUGACGCAUGGUAGAAAAAAAACCUUUAGACCUGCCUGUCGUCCUCUAGAUCUUAUUAUCUUUUGGAAAAAGAUAAUGGUAUAAUAGUUUGAGUUUAAUGUUCACAUGCGACCAACUACUGUUUAAUAUGCGUUUUAGCAGAGGCCAAUAUAGAAGUCACUUGUGUGUGAUUCUGAAUAUUUGAUGGAGGAGCACGACAUCAGGUAUACAACCUGAGUGGAUCCUUUCGACAGGCGACACUGCUGCCUAUAAAUGUGCAAUUCAUCGUUUUUUUUCCUCUUGUCAUGUCGAGUGCUGAGUCCAAACUGAUUUUACACAUUGACUCAAGCCCAUUGACUGCAGGUUCACAAACAAUACAGUCCUUGUGAGUAAUGAAUGUAGUCAGGAUGAAGAAAAACAGCCAAAUUGAUGGUGCAUCCUCAGAAGAGCACAAUCAACUUCCUAAUGAGAAAUCUGUAUUCAGUUAGCAGAAUAACUGAAGUGUUUGUUAAAUUGUUGGUUUUCAGCUGUGACUGCUAACACAUAUCACUACCAACCAUCUCCUACACAAAAUAAUUAAGACUUAAUAUAACUUGUGCAUCCGUCUUUCCACCGAACCUGUAGAGGUUCAGUUGAAGGCAAGGUCGAGUGAAUUUGUUCUAUUAAUGUAACAUUAACUUAAUGGUAUCGAAAAAGUGAAAUUCACUGCCUUAUACUCUGCCCCAGUGUAACAGCAUAUCAGACUCAAGCAUUUUGAUUCAGAAUACUGUCCGAUUAUUUGUUUUGAUACAAUGUGAUUGAAAAUCUGGAUGUUAAUCACAAAGCUGAAUAUAUUAAACAAGGAAAUAUUGUAUCAGAAAGGCAAGAACGUUGUAUAUAGAGUUAAACUAAGCACUGCGGAACAUUUAUGAUGAUGACUGCAAUGGUAUUGCUUGGUAUAGUGCUUUAGUUUAAUAUUUUAAUUUUCAUAUAUUCUCUGGUUUUAUUUCUGUUGUAUACUUUGAUUUGUAUAUUGGUAAUAUUAUCUCAUGUUUUUAUGCUAUAUUGGUUUCUAUUGGUGGUGAAAAGGAAAUAAAAGACAAAUGCAAAC